CGACGAGAAACAGACGACGUGGUAUAAAACCAACCCGAUGCUGCUUUCGUACCGACCCCGUGUUUUAUUUAUUUAUUUUACAUUAGGACAUUGAAGGAGGGCUUCCGGACUUGGAGUUGGUGUUUCGAUGUGGUUUGGCUGAGGAAGUUCAUUCGGAGAGGGUAGUGUGGGCACAUUGUAGGGUUUUACGAGGAAGAGGAUUUUCGCGAUGGCGUCGGCAUUGAAAGAACUGCAAGCGCAGCUGGAAAACCAAGCCGCCUCAUUGAAUAAAAUCCAAAAAGAUAUAGGUAAGAACCAUCAAGUAAGACGUCAGUACACUGUACAGCAUGGGGAGAACGAAAUGGUGCAGAAGGAGCUGGAACUUUUGGAAGAUGACGCGAAUGUGUAUAAGCUGAUUGGCCCUGUUUUGGUGAAGCAAGACUUGGCUGAAGCGAAAGCUAAUGUCAAUAAACGGCUUGAUUACAUUACUGCUGAAUUGAAACGUAUGGAUGCUACAUUGAAGACAAUGGAAGAGCAACAAAUGGCUAAGCGAGACGAGGUAAUGAAGACGCAACAGCGUAUACAAGCUAUUCAGGCCGCCCAGGCCGCAAAAGCCAAGUAGGAAACUAUAUGCAAGACCUCUCGUUUAAUCGAUUGCUAUAAGUUUUGAUGAAAAUGUCCAGCCCAUGCAUUGCUGUAGCUUGCUACGCCGCCAAUUUAGUAUUGCAGCAAACGCUCAUACCCAACAGAAUGUUGGUUUUGAUGGGGAGACGAUAUAUCUGUUAAGCUCCUAUUACCGCGCCUUGGCUGUUGCCCUGGAGACCUAUUCACAGCAGUCAGAGUGUGAAAUUUGUUAGUCAGAGUGGCAUGUCUACUAGGUUACUUCCACUUAAUCAAUUUUGGAGAUGUUAUUCUAUUGUGUUAUGUUGAUUUGUUCAGUUUAAGUUCUGCUUACAGAAGUCCUCCGUGGUGCCUGUACUCUGUUCAUAAUGUAAACCUUCAAUGGUUGGUGUGCCGAUUAAGGUUUGAGGAAAGUUGCAACUCGUGUCCUUCUAUGUGCAUAAGGGUCUCUGGACCUGCUAAUGGUCUAGCUUGUAGUUUACAUGUCGUGGAAGUGUCUAUCUUGCAAUGGACUACUUGUCCAACACCCUUAUCCUUAGCACCCGAUUGGAGAGAGACUUGUCCGCGUAAGAAACUUAAGCAAACUAAUUCGAAGCAGGAGCACGAGUGCUAAGGAAAGUCGACCGUUAGACAUUCGAAGAAUUUGUAGUUUUAGAAUGUCAUUAAGACAAUUAUAUUUGUAUAAAUAUAUUUAUAUACACUUUUA